AAAGCUUUUAUUCUGAAAAUGCUCGACAGGAACUGUUGCUAGCAGUACCCAGACAACAAGAUUGUGGCGAGGUGAAAGGAGUGACUGAGAUGGCAGAUUUGUCGUUGUAUUUAACUAAUGUCAAUGUUUCACUGGGGCAAACUAUGGAGACUGAUAAGAGUCCAAGAGGAGUGACAGACUUUGAGAGGCUGGAAAUGGGAGACCCUGCAGGGAGGCAGGGGAGUGUGAAGGUUCCCCGCAGGACCAUCUUCUUUGCCAGUGGAGAGACCAUGGACGAGUACAGCACCGAUGAAGAGGAGGAAGUGGGGGAACCUCUGAAGAGAGAUGUCAUUACUGUAGAUCCGUCCAAACUGACCUGGGGUCCAUAUUUCUGGUUCCACGUGUGGAGAAUGGGCACCUCUACUAUCUCAGUGUGUGACUUCAUGGGAGAGAGACUGGCCUCUCUGUUUGGAAUCACUACUCCUAAAUACCAGUAUGCUAUUGAUGAGUACUACCGUAUAAAGAAAGAGGAGGAGGAGGAAGAGGAGGAGAACCGUCUGGCUGACACAGCGGAGCGUCGUUUUGCAGAGCAGCGAAGAGGUGAGAGAGACGAUCCUCAUCCUGCUACUGUGGAGCAGCCGGAAGCAUCUGGAGCGUCCUUUGUAAACAUCAGCUUUGAGCUGGAACCUGAAGCUCCUCUCAACACUGCAGACACCAACAGAGUCCCUUCUCCCCUCCCCUCCUGAAAACUGACUCUCACACGCCUAACAUUCACACAUUUCUAUCUGUUGGCAAACACCUUAAUUUCCUUAGCUGUAUAGUUUAAUAAUACUGCUAUUUUUCUAGGUUUUUAUUUUAUAAAAGAAAUCUUAGUGCACAGUGCAGGGAGAAUUCAAAGGGCUUUGGUAGUGACUGCACUCGCCUUACCUGUGAAUGUAAAUUUGUGUAAAGCGUGAAAUCGUUUGCUAGACUAAGAUGCAUCAUUGAACGGCUUGGUUGACUGAACUGGGACUGGGCUCAGUUGAGAAAGUGAAAUAAAUGCUGCACGUGUAUCUCAUUGAGAAAUAGGUCAGCAAUCUCAAAAUAUUUUAUCAUUGAUUUAUAAAAGGAAGGAAGUCCACCCUGAACUGCAAAGAGAACAGAAAGUGAAUUACUGGCCGCACCACCAACAUGAACACACACAGGACCCUGCUACUGAAUAUAUGCAAAGACAUUUCAUACAUUUAGCCAAGUGUGUAAAGACAUGACCUGAGUUAUUAAGUAGGGCUGGUUAAUCCAGGAGCUAAAUUCAUAGUUACGAUGUUCGGUCUCAUAUUAAUUACUAAUAUCUUGUUUUCCUUCAGAGCAUACAAACCUGCCUGCAGGUGUUUGAUUCAACUUUACUUCAGCAGCACAUAUUUACUGAUUUUGUGGCCCUCAUGGAAAGCAUUAUAUCCAAGUCAUCAGAUAUUGCAUUGUGUAUUGUGUAGGUGGGUUUAUGUAAUUGAGAUUUUGAGCCGGUCAAGAAGCAGCAGUUUGUUGGUCAAAGGUAUUUCAAUACUAACCUCAAAGAAAUGAUGACUUUCUUUUCUUUCUUCUUAAAAUGUGUUUCUGUGAUACUUAAAUCUCUUGACUUGUGCUAAUUGUUUUCUGCAGAAAAUGCCGAAAGUGCUACAUUUUUAGCCAAUUUAGAACAUAAUAUAUACCAAUAUAGUUCCAAUCUUUAAAAAAUCUGCUCAUACUCAAAUGUAUUGAUGACUGAUGACCUACACUGAAAACAGUGCUACUAGCUUCAUGUGUGCGUCGAGGGUUCAUUCUUAAAGUGUCCUUGUGGAAGUGUUUAUCUGCGCAGCAGGCGUAAUGCUGAGACUGAGCUAUCAUAAGCUGCUUAUUGAUUCUUUUUAUCCUCUGUCAUGGCUGUGUGUGGACAGGCCUCAGAUCUCAGAGUGGCGCAGAUGCAGAGAAAUGUUUGAUCCAUUUCAAGAAGAGAUUUCUAAAUGGGCCUUAAAGAAGUACUGAAAGGGAAAGCCCAACAUAUCACACCACAAAUAUGUUAAUAACACUUGACUACUUUAUUAUAUUAUGUUAUAUUAUUCAUGAUUUUUUAUGUGUAAAAAGGGCCUAUAUGCAAAAGUUAUUAACAAACCUUUAAUGAAUAUAUAUAUAUACAUAUUUAUAUUUUCUGUGGGUUAAUAAAAUAUUUAAACAUUCAAAA